GAGCAGAAAGAGCUGAGAGCGGAGAAAGAGCUGUAAACAUUUUACCCUGGAGUAGGCUGGACGGGAGGAGGGAUUUCCCUGACUUUGUACCUUUUUCAAACUUUUUGUGCACUCGGAGCUGUACUCUGUCUUUUCUCUGUGUGUACAGGCAGGGACUAUGCUAAGUGAGAGAAGUGGUAGGCAGGAGUAAGGGUGUAAAAACCAAAGAAAAGAGAGAGAGGCAGAAAGGCAAACUUCUCCGGAGGAAAGGAACCAUGCAAGUGGAUGCUGUCUUCAGUGGGGUCAGGUUACGCAAAAUGAGAAACUACUCCAAGAGCACUUCAUCAGGGCUCACCCAGCUCAGAAAGGAUGCCAGCUGCUAGCACCAUGACCGGUGGGAGGGCCCUGCUGCUCUGUACAAACACUGACAACUGCAUCUACCAAUCAGUCAACGGGCUCCAGUGCUGUGGCUUAAAGCUUGGGGAGGCUCCGUCGUCUGUGGUGCCCCAGCCCCAAGAGGUGUGUGGGUCACUAAGGGACAGAGACAGAAGGGACACCACUGUGUCUUCCAAGCGUCCCCUCUCACCCCUACUCAGCCUGAGUGAUAGCCCGGGUCCUCCUGACACCAUGCUGGCUCACAGGAGAGCCACCACCACCACUGACCCGCGGACUCCCAACAUGGAGAAUGGAAUGUGUGGCAAACUGAACCACAGCAAGAGCCCAUCAGGAGUCAAGACUGCUAGCAUCCGUGAUAAGAUCUCACAAUGGGAGGGCAAAAAGGAGCCUGCCCAACUAACCUCUACAGGGACAUGUCCACUGAGCACGACACAAAAGGAAGUUGAGACAGUAAGGAAAAAGGAAUCUAAAGUUUCAGAGGUCCAAAGGACAGACAGCAAGCGGUUUGUCAGCUGGGACAGACAAGACUCAGGGAAGGAGAAUGUUCGAAAGCAGGGGGAUUCAAAGCCAAAAUCUCCAGAAGGCCCAACAAACAAUGACCGAGAAGUGAUACUAGAGAGAGGGUUUCAGGCUUCUAAGCCAGCAGAACAACCCCUAGACAAGAAAACUGUUUUAACUCAUGUUAAGAAACUGGAGAAGGCAACCAAGGAAGUUCCUGACAGACCUUCGCUCGCAUUUCCAGGGAAUUACUUCUGCCCUCCUUCAAAGGAAGAGCUGGAGGAAACAGAAAAGAGGGCCAGCGAGCCCAUUUUUGGGACUUUUGAUGUGGCUCGGCCUGGCAGGUCACGGAGGAGGAAGGAGGGGGAUCCUGAGAACGUAUACAGUGAGCCAGGUGCUCCAUCUAUAAACCCUCUGCCUAAACCUCAGAGAACCUUCCAGCACCACACACCACCCACUACCCCAGCUUCAGGAGCCAGCUCGGGGAAGGGAAAGCGGAACUUGCCGCCUUUGCCCUCCAUUCCUCCUCCACCUUUACCAACAUGCCCACCACCUGGAGUUUGCAGGAGACCCUGGGCGGACAAACCCCGGGACAGCAGUAAUAGGAAGUCCUAUGAAUUUGAGGAUCUGCUCCAGUCAUCUACAGAAAGCUGCAGGGUGGACUGGUACGCUCAGUCCAGACUGGGCCUAACACGCACUUUAUCAGAGGAGAAUGUCUACGAGGACAUAAUAGAUCCUCCAUCCAAGGAGAACCCCUAUGAAGAUAUAGAGCUGGAGAGAAGUUGUAUGGGAAGCAAAUGUGUUUCACCUGCCUCCUCAUCUCCUGUCCCUGACACGCCAACUAAGCUCUCCUCGAAGCCCGGCUUCUUCAGACAAACUUCAGAACGGCGAAGUUUUAAGCUCCUGGAACUACGCAAGACCAGCAGGGACACUGGGGUCUCCUCACCCUCUCGUAUCAGCCCCCCCUCCACACCCAGCAGCCCUGACGACACCCCUUGCCUCUCAGGAGACCCGUACAAUCGCAGACGGAGGAAAAUCCCCAAGAUGGUGCUGAAAAUCAAUGGCAUCUUUGAGGCACGAAGAGGGAAGAAACGCAUGAAGAGAGUGUCUCAGUCUACCGAGUCCAGCUCAGGGAGAGUGACAGAUGAGAACAGUGAAUCUGAAAGUGACACAGAGGAAAAACUAAAAGCUCACAGCCAGCGGCUGGUGUCAGUUCAGUCCAUGCUGAGGCAGACGGGGCGGUACCGAACUUUGGAGAGGGAUCUGUUGGAGCUGCAGGAGAGAAAACUCUUUGAGUAUUUCAUAGUUGUUGCACUUCACAAGACCAAGGCCGGAGUUCCAUAUCUGCCAGAAGUCACACAGCAGUUUCCCCUCAAGCUUGAGAGGAGCUUUAAGUUCAUGCGGGAGACUGAGGACCAGCUGAAGGUCAUCCCUCAGUUCUGUUUCCCUGACGCCAAAGAUUGGGCGCCUGUCGACAACUUCCCCAGUGAGACUUUCUCAUUUGUCCUGACUGGCGAGGAUGGAAGCAGACGGUUUGGCUACUGUCGGCGAUUACUGCCCAGUGGUAAAGGCCGAAGACUCCCGGAGGUCUACUGCAUCGUUAGCCGCCUGGGCUGCUUCGACCUCUUCUCCAAGAUCCUGGAUGAGGUGGAAAAGAGGAGGGCUAUCUCCCCUGCUUUGGUGCAGCCUUUUAUGAGAGGCAUCAUGGAAGCUCCCUUCCCUGCUCCAGGAAGAACCAUCACUGUCAAAAACUUUCUACCCGGCUCUGGGACAGAGGUGAUAGAGUUGUGUCGGCCCUCAGAUUCCCGUCUGGAACAUGUGGACUUCGAGUGUCUUUUCUCUUCCUUGAGUCUACGGCUCCUUCUGCGGGUUUUUGCCUCUCUGCUGCUGGAGCGUAGGGUCAUCUUCACUGCUGACAAACUCAGCACAUUGUCUCAGUGUUGUCAUGCCGUAGUGGCUCUGCUCUACCCCUUCACCUGGCAGCAUACCUACAUCCCUGUGCUCCCACCCUCCAUGUUGGAUAUUGUCUGCACCCCUACUCCCUUUAUAGUCGGCCUCCUCUCCAGCUCUCUGCCUCGACUCAAAGAGCUGCCCAUCGAAGAAGUCCUGGUGGUUGACCUCGGCAACAGCCGCUUCCUACGACAGCUGGAUGAUGAGGACUCCAUUCUUCCUCACAAGCUGCAGGCGGCUCUCGAGCAUGUGCUGGACAAGAGGAGGGAGCUGGCCUGUGAGAAAGGAGACCUGCCCAAUGACUCCAGCUCCCUCAGCACUGUGGUAUCAGAGGCCUUUGUGCGUUUCUUCGUGGAGAUGGUGGGUCACUACUCCCUCUUUAUGGGUGGAGCAGAGCGGGAGGACGAGUCUAUCUCCUCCCCCACCUUGCCCAGCCCUUCUUCUUCUUCCGCCUCCUUUCAGCGCGACGCCUUUCGCAAAGCGGUCACUUCAAAGAGCCUUAGAAGGUUUUUGGAGGUGUUCAUGGAGACUCAGAUGUUCACCGGCUUCAUCCAGGAGAGGGAGCUGCGCAGACAGGGUCUCAGAGGUCUGUUUGAGGUGAGAGCACAAGAGUACCUGGACUCUCUGCCUGGGAGUGAGCAACGAGGAGUCAACAAAUUCCUCAAGGGUUUAGGAAACAAGAUGAAAUUCCUUUCCAAAAAAUGAUGCUCGGGGUCAGGAUGUCCUCUGGAAAAGUAGGACAAAGAAUCAUGAUGAGGUGUGCAGUCAUGAAGGCUCCCCAGACAUGAAGAACUCACUGAUGGAGAUAUAUCUUUAGGUCAGAACAAAAAAGGACCCUCAUGGUUUGAGAACACGAGGGAGUCUGGGGAAAGUCAGGGUUCAGCUCCCAGCUUCAAUAGCCAGUCAUUCCAAUAGUGUUGUGAAGGGUUCACUCAGCUUGGACCAAAACUCCCUUCCAACAUCAUGAAUCAAUGUCCCAUCAGCGUCUAGUUUCACACUUCCCAAUAUCUGGAUGUGUCACAGAUUACAGUCAGUCCUUGCAGUGUAUUACUGUAAGGCACAGCUCAGUGUAAAUGUUUUUUAGGAAGAGUGUUCUCCCUUUUUCUGUCACUGACACUGUCACCUGUAAACCUGUAAGGAGGAGUGUCACUGAAGAUCCACUUUUGUACAAUACGUUCUCAUACAUUCCAAGUAUUUUCUAUAGAGGCUUUUAUAAAUGCAAUAGUACAACUUCUUCUUCAGCAGGAGGCUUUUUUAAGUUAAUUUAUAUUCUUUUUAGAUAAACUUAAUCUCUUUUUAAAAAUUUCCUUCAAAUGAGUGCAAAGAAAAAUCUCCUGUAGUUUGUAAUAGGCUUUAUUUAACAGAGUCUAGUCCAGACUGUUUGUAGACCACUUUGGGUUGUCGGGUAUAUGUACCACUGUUUUAAGUAAAUGAACUUUUAUUGGAAAAGGAACGAGCACCAAAAAGGAAAAUGUGAAUACAUGUCUUACUUGGGUUUCGCUAUAGGAUGUGGAUAGAUUUGAUGUUGAAGAACGAUCGGAGUGUUUCACAAAAGCAACCAGAUCUGACUUAAACCUGAUUGAGAAUGCAAUGAAACUUUAUUAAUAAAGUGAU